AUGAGCUUGAACGAAGAUUCCUCUGUCCAGGCCGUAGCCGCCGCCCUCAAACUCCCAGCUCUGCCGCCAGCAGGCUUCUGGGACGACACGCAAUGGACCGUCUUUUGGUCCAUGAUGGAAGCUGCCUUACCCUCCAUCCGAGAGGCCUCGUCUGUCGAGGACGAGAAUCACCAGAUCAAGAUCAACCACGACCAGUACUCGUCGGCCUAUGAACUUGUCAAGGCCUCUAUGAAGAAGCCGCCGUCCGAGGAGAAGUUUCAGGCGUACCUUGAUUACAACGCCUCCACAGACCCCGAGUUCAGAAACAGCAUCGUCAGGACGCUUUACAUGCUGCCUGGCGCCUCCCAGCGCGCUUUGGGAGGUGCAUUGACGACUCUGAGCGGCCGCACCGGAAGCUGGUUCCUCACUGGCUACUUCACCGCCGUUAACCAGCAGCCACUCCACAUCCGCGAAGCCAUCCUCCAGGGCUGGCAAACCUCCCGUCUCAGCUCCAUGCGAGUGCUCACCAAGGUUUUCACCAGCCUAGCCCAGAAGGCUACCCUGCAGACGAGCCCCCUCUUCAAAGAGCUUACCGGUUACACCGACAUGCCCAGCGACCAUAAGCCCGUUGACAGUUACGAAUUCAAUUUCAUGCAGUUUCCCGCCUCCGACGAGCCCGUGUCACUCGAGACGGAUGUUGUCAUCGUCGGCUCGGGCUGCGGUGGCGCCGUUGUUGCCAAGCACCUCGCUGAGGCCGGCCAUCGCGUCCUCGUCGUCGACAAAUCCUACCACUUCCCCGCCGCCCAGCUGCCACUCGCCCAGGACAUGGGCUGCCAGUACCUCUAUGAGGGUGGCGGGUUUCUGGGCAGCGACGAUAGCUGCCUCAACCUCGUUGCCGGCAGCUGCUGGGGCGGUGGCGGGAACAUCAACUGGAGCGUUUCGCUGCAGACCCAGGGAUUCGUGCGCAGCGAGUGGGCCAAGAAAGGGCUGCCGUUCUUCACCUCGGCCCAGUUUCAGAGCUGUCUCGACAAGGUGUCGGACGUGAUGGGCGUGAGUUCAGACCAUGUGCGCCACAACCACAGAAAUCGAGUGAUGCUUGACGGGGCUCGCAAGUUGGGGUGGCAUGCAGCUGCGGCGCCGCAGAAUACGGGCGGCACGGAACACUACUGCGGCCGGUGCCAUCUCGGAUGUGGGUCGGCUGACAAGAAGGGAACUGCUGUCAGCUGGCUGCCUGCGGCUGCAGAGGCUGGUGCCGAAUGUAUCGAGGGUCUGGAGGUGAACGAGGUGACCUUUGACACGACGGAAGGGGCCAAGAAGGCGACAGGCGUCGUGGGAACCUGGGUAUCCAGGGACGCCACUGGUGGUGUCAGCAGUCCAUCGUCGGAGCGCACCACGCGAAAGGUCGUGAUCAAGGCCAAGAAGGUCAUAGUGGCCUGUGGUUCGCUCUGGAGUCCCCUUGUCCUGCUCAAGAGUGGCCUUACUAACCGACACAUUGGCCAAAAUCUCUAUGUUCAUCCGUGUAACAUGGUUGGCGCCUACUGGAAAGAGGAAGUUACACCGUGGGAGGGCGGCAUCAUCACGAGCUACUGCACCGCCUUUGAGAACCUCGACAACGCUGGCCACGGCGUGAAACUCGAGCCAACUUGUGCCGUCCCCUACACUGUCCUCACAAGCAUGCCUUGGCACAGCGGCCUCUCGUCCAAGCUGGCCGCACUCAAGUACCGCCAUUUCGGCGGCUUCAUCGCGCUCACUCGUGAGCGCGACCCAGGCUACGUGUACCCUGACUCCCGCACCGGCAGGCCACGCAUCGCCUACACGCCGUCUGAUUUCGACCGCGCGCAUACGCUUGAGGGUGUCAUCGCCCUGGCCAAAAUUUGCUAUGUCGAGGGUGCAGAGGAGAUUCACGCGUUCUUCCCGGGUUUGGAGCCCUUCAUACGGGGCGAGGCUAAGAACGAAGAGGGCGAAGAGGCGGGCGUGAACGACCCUACGUUCACAGCAUGGCUGGAGCGCGUGAGGGUGGUGGGAAACAAGCCCCCUAACGCCCUCUUCACUUCUGCGCAUCAGAUGGGCACUUGCCGCAUGGCGGCCAACGAGGAUGAGGGUGUCGUCGACUCGAGGGGCAGGGUGUUUGGGACAGAGGGGCUCUACGUUGCGGAUGCGAGCGUGUUUCCCAGCGCCAGCGGGGUGAACCCCAUGAUCACCAACAUGGCCAUUGCCGAGUGGAUUGCCAUGGGGGUGAGCAAGGAGUUGAAGGAGGCGUAA